AUGAAGGAAAAUAGUAUUUUAUGUGUUAUCUCAACCCAUUUCAAAAUUGAUUCACACAACAGACAAAUAUCGGUGAUGGAAAAGGCUGUGAAAAACACUUUACGUGACGAAGAAGAUUUUCACACCACUAAAAAAGAGUCAGAAGAUGAAAAACUUUUCCCUUUGGCUAACAAUCUCGGGACCUCUGGAAAACUUUGCCAUGAUCGGUCAUUGAUCUAUGCCUGA